AUGCUCGCCAACGCGGCCACCAUGCGGAUCCUCAUCAAGGGGGGGAAGGUGGUGAACGACGACUGCACGCUGGAGGCCGACGUCUACAUCGAGAACGGCAUCAUCCAGCAAGUGGGCCGCGAGCUCAUGAUCCCCGGCGGCGCCAAGGUCAUCGACGCCACCGGCAAGCUCGUCAUCCCCGGCGGCAUCGACACCAGCACCCACUUCCACCAGACCUUCAUGAACGCCACCUGCGUGGACGACUUCUACCACGGCACCAAGGCUGCCCUGGUGGGGGGCACCACGAUGGUCAUCGGGCACGUGCUGCCCGACAAGGAGACCUCGCUGCUGGACGCCUACGAGAAGUGCCGCAGCCUGGCCGACCCCAAGGUGUGCUGCGACUACGCGCUGCACAUGGGCAUCACUUGGUGGGCGCCCAAGCUGGAAGCCGAGGCCACGCACCGCGUCAUCACCAUCGCCAACAGGACCCACUGCCCCGUCUACCUGGUGAACGUCUCCAGCAUGUCCGCGGGGGACGUCAUCGCCGCCGCCAAGAUCGACACGCUCAACGUGGUGGCCUCCGACCACCGGCCCUUCAGCGCCAAGCAGAAGGCCAUGGGCAGGGAGGACUUCACCAAGAUCCCGCACGGCGUCAGCGGCGUCCAGGACCGCAUGAGCAUCAUCUGGGAGCGCGGGGUGGUGGGGGGCAAGAUGGACGAGAACCGCUUCGUGGCCGUGACCAGCUCCAACGCGGCCAAGCUGCACAACCUGUACCCGCGCAAGGGCCGCAUCAUCCCCGGCGCCGACGCCGACGUCGUGGUGUGGGACCCCGAGGCCACCAGGACCAUCUCGGCCAGCACCCAGGUGCAGGGCGGGGACAUCAACCUGUACGAGAACAUGCGCUGCCACGGCGUGCCGCUGGUGACCGUGAGCCGCGGGCGCGUGGUCUACGAGAACGGCGUGUUCAUGUGCGCCGAGGGCACCGGCAAGUUCUGCCCGCUCCGCUCCUUCCCCGACUCCGUCUACAAGAAGCUGGUGCAGCGGGAGAAGAGUCGCAGGCCCCGGGGGGUGGACCGCACCCCGUACCUGGGCGACGUGGCCGCCGUGGCGCACGCGGGCAAAAAGGAGACGGGGACGCCCCUGGCCGAUACGCCCACGCGGCCGGCCACACGCCACGGGGGCAUGCGGGACCUGCACGAGUCCAGCUUCAGCCUCUCCG